AUGCACCGCUCCGUAUCCACCCACGCACCCCGCACCUUGCUUAGUGAUUUAGCUCAGCUUGGUUACUUGCCGACAGUUGGGUCUUGGGUUUUGACUGAAGUGUUUCGGUCGAAAGAAACAACUGAGAAUUCUCAACUUCUGUCUGCAGUAGAAGCUUAACUGCUCCUCCAUCAUGAAAGCUGCCAGUGUCAAGGCAAGAAAGUGCUCAGUGUUGCCUCCUAUCAUCCCCGAGGCGGAGAAGGAAUUUCUGGAGAGCAUCCAGAGUUACAUCCUCUCAGAAAUCGAGAAAGUGGGCUGUACUGAGCAAGGACCGGCUGAGGAGUAUUACAUAAUAUACAGAAAUGUGUUUGAAAUGAUAAUAGAGCAUUCUAAUGCGUACAAGAAUAUCCUGACUACAAUCAAGCAGGAAUAUGAUGCCUUCAUAGAAGCAAUAAAGAAGGGCCAACGGAAUGCCUUCUAUCUUCAUGGGAAAUUAAAGAUUUUAGCCUGCGAGUCUACAACUCUCAUGUAUUAUAAGAACAGAAUUAGUCAGCUGAAAGAAAAGAUAAAAAUAAUUGAGGGAAAUUCCGAAAGAAUCACAAAGUUGAUACAGAAAAUUAGAGCGUUAAGGCAGACAUUCUCUGCAAAAGUAUCUCCAAUCCCGACCAAGACAGUCAACCCUGCUAGGGUCAUUCCAGGCAUCAGCAUGAAAGAUUCUCUCGACAUCAAUGCCCUUACUGUCCACCUGGCUCACCUCCAACAAAGGGUGAGGGACCUGAAAGAAGACAUGUUGACAAAGUACAUCCCCCUGGAGAACACUGUAGACAUUGAAGAGGACCUCAACCAUGCCCUUAUCCAGCGAAAUGCGGCUGAAAAACAGAAUGAGCUGCUGAAGUUUUGCUUUUAUCGACUAUCACAGUUUGUCAACGUUGUGAAUAUCUGGGAAAGUUCAGACAGGAGUUUAGAAACCUUGCACCAGCUCAUCUUUCAAAUGAUAGAAAAUGAGAAACUUUCAAAAGAUACACUUGCUACCAGCAUUUCCAGUGUAUUUGAACGUGACCCCAGCAAAAGCAAAGAGGCUGAAGACCUGAUUGAAUACAUUGAAAGGUUCAAUGAACUGUUUUCCCGUGGUCAAUUUGAGGCUGCUGCAAUAUAUGCAGCAAACUGUCCAAGAGGAAUCCUCCACAAUGAAGAAACCAUGGAGAAAUUUAGGGGUGUUGGCCCAAUCAAAGGGAAGGUUCUCCCUCUGCUCAUGUACUGCGAAGCUCUAAUAAGCACAAGCAUAGCUACUAAUCAGCCACUUCCAGCAAAUUUGGUAGCAGAAGCCAUCCAAUGUGCCUUGGAUGAGAAACGGUUUGACCUGGUGAUGCACUGGGUCACCCUGCACAGACUGGUAUUCUGUGAGGAAGCCGGUGAUGCGAUCUUCAAUUAUGCACAGGUGGAAAAGCGCAAUGAGUCUCAGUGCUACGCUUUGGCUCAGAUUGUCUACCUUGAAUGUGGAGCGCACAAAAAAGCCGCCCUGUGCUUGUGCAAACAGGGACAGAUCUAUGGAGCCAUGGAUUACCUUCAGCACUGCAAACGCUUUCCCAGAGAGGACUAUAUCUUCCUACUGCAAAAUUGCCCUAAGGUAGAACUCAUGCGCUGCCUAACUCAAGAGUGGAAUGGGCAUCCACCCUUCUUGUCCCUCGGGGAAACAGUCCUGACACUCAUCGACACAGAACACAAAGUCAUUUGCAUACGAUUGUUGGAAGAUAUUUCCAAGGAAGGCAGGGAUGUGCUGGAAAAAAUUAUUGUGAAGGAUAAGCAAUGUAAUGUGGAUGGUUGGAAGGAAAUAGCUGAAAUAUGCCAGAAUAUCAGGAGAGAAAAACUAUCCAAGUUUCUUAUCACGAUCCUGGCUGCCCAGGAAGGAGUGGUUGAAAUUCCUGAUGGUGCAGAGGAUGCCAAGUUAAUGGAACAUGUUUUCUGGUAAUUUCCCUGCAAAACACACGGGGGCGCUCUUUUCCUCCGGUGUCACUUCAACUGGGUGAAGACUCAACAAAACCUGAUUUGUGAAUGUGCUUUCUUCUUAGAAACAAUAACAUAUUAAACACUUGUGUGCCUGUC